AGCCACACACCACCGCUCGCACCAACACAAAGAACACAUGCUCGAAGAAACGCGCUAGCUCAGGGUCUGGACCCACGCGCAGAACCACAACCCACUUCUAUUUAAAGCCUCCGCCAGCACCAGAAGACCUCAGACCGACCCGAGGUGGAGAGACCCGCUAAAGGGAGACGAGACUAAAAACAUGUAAGGAUUAUACCGACUAGCUCGCUACCUGUGGAGUUCAAUAAACCGUUAAACGUUUAUUGUCAUUUCUCGUCAACAGAUUUCCUCACAAUGUGGAUUAAAAAGGCUAAAUACGUCCUACUCUUCAUUUGCCUUUUACUCAUUCCAUUGUCUUGGGCAGAGGACUUGAAGAAAAAUACGAGUGAGAAGGAGAAUGAUGCCGACUUGAGCCAUGGGAAGAAGAGACUGUUUGCCCGACGAAGGAUCCCAAUUGGCCAAGGAAAUCAUCUGCCAAAGCUCAAGGCAAGUAGCAUGAUGCCAGUGCGUCGCUGCAGCCGCCUAAUGGAGAACUGCUCGGCAUACCUCCCCUGCUGCGACCCCUGUGCCUCCUGCCGCUGUCGCCUCUUCAACACCAUCUGUCACUGCUGGAGGAUGAGCGAGCAGUGCAGCCGCAAGACCUGAGAUGCCUUACACACAAAUACACAGACACACAUAUUUGACUAAUGACUAAAUGCAAAACCACACAUUGCUAGGCAUGCAGUACAUACGUUUGGUGUGGAAAAUAGAAAAUAAAAAUACACAGACCAACGUUGAAAUACAUACACACAUGGAUAAACAGAGCUGAACAGACCUGUAGAUGGAAAGCUAGACUGGCUGAUUGAUAGACAAACAGACAAACAGACAAACAGACAAACAGACAGACAGACAGACAGAUGGACCCGCCGACUGACAGACAGCUGGACAGAAAGACAGAUGGCAGCCAGCUAGACAGAAAGACAGAGAGACAGCUAGACCAGCUGACUGACAGACAGCUAGACAGAAAGACAGACAGAUAGACAGCUAGACCAGCUAUAGACAGCUAGACAAACAGACCAGCAAACAAACGGACAGUCAGACAGACAGCUAGACCGGAUGACUGACAGACAGCUAGACAGAAAGACAGACAGCUAGACAGGCAGACAGCUAGAUCGAAAUACAGAGUAACAAAGAGACGGACAGAGAGGCAGACCAACGGACCAGUGAACCCAGCCACCGACCAGCGUGUUAAACCCUUACAUGUACAAUGCUGGCUGGACUGAAUGCCUACCUCUACGGGAAUGUAAAAAAGGACUCAAAGCUUACAGCCAGAUCAGUUAAGUUACCAUGGUUACGAUCUGAUUAUCACCUGUUUGCCUUUACCCGCCCCAGCUAAAAUGAAGACAAAUAUGAAGAAGAAUAUAUAAUGGUAUAAAGGCUAAAAUAGCGAAACAGCCCAUUGUCCUUAAGCUAUGUACUCAUUGACUCAAGUUUUCUACACUCCAUUUCUUUCUCUCAGGGUAGGCUUGGUGAUACAUACUCAAAUACGAAUCUAGACAAAUAUAUUAUUUUGUUUGUUUCAUGUUAUGAUGUAGAUCUAUUAAGUAUAUUUUAUUUUCUACUACGGUAUUUGAUCUCAAAUAAAUAAUUAUUAGCAUACUUUAAUCACUCUUCUUCUUCUUGUUCUUCAUCUCUGCAUGCACACUUGAGACAGAGAACCUCUGAAAGACUACUGAACUGUAUGAAUGUAAUAUGGGGGCUGAUUCCCCAUCCGCCCCCAUGCCAUCCAGAUCUUGUUUUCAUUAUUAUGGGUGUUUCGCGAACCUGUGACCUGUGGUUUAAGGAAUAGGAGUCUGGGAUUUCAAAGAGAAGUACAGACUCUCAUGGAGUCGGGGCCCAAGGGGUACAAACAUCGCUCAGUAAUGCUGCUGACAUUCUUCUCUAUGUCAGUCCAUUCCCAUGUCUACAGCCAUACCUGAUUGCUUGAACCCAUAUGUUGGUGUUGCUAGCGUUGCAUGCUCUAUUAUAUUUCAUUAUCUUCUUUCCAGCAGUUAUUAGUUGUCUCCUUUUAAAUGUAAUA